UCAAAUCAAAUCAAUACGCAAUAAACUUCGCACGAAACAAAGUGAAAAUUAUUCAGUAUAUUGUUUUGUUAGUCUUAUUACAACGGAGAUCGAAAGUGGACAGUUAAAUCUGAAGUAUAAGCGUUCAAUAUGACAAACACACUAGCUGUUUGUCUCCUUUCUAUAUUAUUCUUUUGUUGUUCAAGCUUAUCAUCUGCCCGGCAAACACCUAAAGAAUGUUCCAAAGGACCUGAUUAUUGGUGUGAAAGCCUAACGCGUGCCGCUGCAUGCGGUGCGGUGCAGCACUGCAUCGGCACAGUAUGGGAGCAGCAACGUGACGAAAUCAAGAGCAACGAUGUAUCAGACAAGAUCGUACGUCUCUUCAGACAGCUUAAAGAUGUCAAGGACAUGAUAAACGAGGACUACCUGGCGACUAGCGUGAGGUCCGCGUGUCGUGACCUUCCGUCGCCAGCUGUUACGAGUAUAUGCAAGGACAAUACAGCAUUGCUCGAGAGCUAUCUGAUGCACGUUCUCCAGUCGGACACCAGCGCGGAGACAAUGUGCAGGAUUAUAGGCAUGUGCAAUAACGAUAAGCUGAAGAACCUCGUAACCAAAAAGAAGAUUGAAGAACCGACUAAACAAAAACUGAAACUCGUAGGAGGAGCGAAAUGUACUUGGGGACCGUCGUAUUGGUGCAGCAACUUCAGCACGGGCCGAGAAUGCGGCGCGACGCAUCACUGCGUCCAGCGGGUGUGGUCCAAGAUGACUUUCCCCGAGGACAACGACGGUAUCUGCAAGAUAUGCAAGGACAUGGUGACUCAAGCUCGUGACCAGCUUCAAAGUAAUGAGACUCAGGAGGAACUAAAAGAAGUUUUUGAAGGCGAAUGCAAACUGAUCCCUAUCAAACUAGUGACGAAGGAAUGCAUCAAGCUGGCCGACGACUUCGUCCCGGAGUUGGUCGAGACGUUGGCGUCAGAAAUGAACCCGGACGCGGUGUGCUCCGUCGCUGGACUCUGCAACAACGCUAACAUUGACAAACUCAUUGAAGACUAUAACGCAACUUUAAAGCAUAGGGAAGAUUGUUCAAACUGCAGAAGAUCAGUUGGCGUUGUCAGGAAGAGGUUCGAUGAAACCAGCUACGAAAACUUCCUCGUUGGAAUAUUGCAGGUCUGUCAAAACAUGGGAUCCCUCUCCGACUCCUGCUCGAUGCUAACGUUUAAAUACUACGAGAACAUCAUUGAGGCCCUGAAGAAGGACCUCACCCCUCAGUCGAUCUGCCACCUCAGCGGGCAGUGCACUCACCUCUACCACUCGCACAACCUCUACACCUUCCCUGACGAGCUCAAGGAUCUGAAGGCUACAGAUGAUGUGCCGUGCGAGUUUUGUGAGCAAGUCAUAAAACACAUGCGGGACACGUUGGUCGCGAACACUUCAGAAGUAGAGUUCCACAAAGUGUUAACUGGUCUCUGCAAACACACGGGUAACUUCAAGUCCGAAUGUCUGCAACUGGUCGAGCAGUACCACUCGGUUAUAUACUACUAUCUCGUGUCGGAGCUCAAACCGGACGAGAUCUGCGGUUUCAUUGGAAUAUGUACGAACAAAACGGACGUCACCAUCGCGCCAUUGCUGCCCAAGGAACUGGCGAUCAAAGCUAUAACUAUGUCACCGAAACUCAUUGGUCAAGAUGAAGCAAAUAGCUACACGACACCGAAGAACGCUCGCGUGCCGCUGAAGAAACAGGCUAAUGUAGAAAUCCUAGGAACUGAAACAACUGCCACCCCCGUCUUGCCCAUAGAGAGGAUGUUUGUAGCGACCCCUAAUGCGAACGCCUGGUGUUCCUUCUGCCAGUACUUCUUGCACUAUGUACAAGUUGAACUCAGCGAUGACAACAAUGAGGAGGCCAUAAAGAAGGUGGUGGAGGAGGCGUGCGACGUGCUGCCGCAGUCCAUCAACGACGAGUGCCGGCAGUUCGUGACGCAGUACGGGCCCGCCGUCAUCGCGCUGCUCGUGCAGGAGAUCGACCCCGCCAGCGUAUGUCCAGCUCUCGGCCUGUGUGCGAAGACGGAAGAAGUUCGUCACGUUUCCAUCAACUCUGAGAAAUCAAACUGUCCCCUAUGUCUGUUCGCGGUUGAACAACUCGAAACUAUGCUCAAGAAUAAUCGCAGUGAGGAGAGUAUCCGCAAAGCCUUAGACAGUCUAUGUACUCACCUCUCCGCUAAACUCCGCACUCAAUGCGUGGAUUUCGUCGACACGUACACCAACCAACUAGUCGAGAUGCUCGUAGCCGAUCUCAACGCUCAAGAAAUAUGCGUCUACCUGAAACUGUGCAAGGACGAUAAGAAACACACCGACCCACUGGCUCUCACUCACUCGUCGAUCGACAAAUACCACGACAACCCGAGCCUGAGAGGCGACAGGAACAACAGGAAGCGACCGAUGCUGCCAAAGGAAAUGCUGGAGAACGGACCCGGAGAUAUUAGUACGAACGAAAUACCAGACAACACCCAGAACGGUCGCCCUAUUAAGGUCUCUUCGCAGCGAACAGUUUGUGUCAUAUGCGAGUUUGUGCUUACGGAGAUCGACGACCAGAUCAAAGACAAGCAUAAUGAAGACGAAGUUAAAGCGAUAGUCCACGGUGUAUGCAAGCACAUGCCGAAGUCCGUUCGCGGCGAGUGUGAUCAGUUCGUGGACAAGUACGCGGACCUGGUCAUCAGCCUGCUCGCCCAGGAGCUCCAGGCCGACGAAGUCUGCAGGGAGCUCAAGCUGUGCGACCCCACCGCUUUCAACAAGUUCAAAGCAGAGGAGAUCCUCGACUGCGCCGUUUGCGAGACGGUGGUGAUGGCGGUGAAGAAGGUGCUCAGCAACGACAAAGUGGACCGGAACAUCGUACACGUGAUCGAGAAGUCGUGCGCCGCGCUGCCCGCCAAGUACAACGCGCGGUGUCACACAAUGCUGGAAAUAUACGGCGAGGGCGUCAUCCACCUGAUCGAGGAGUUCGGCACCAAGGACAUCUGCAAGAAGAUCGGUCUGUGUUCCACCAGCGACGCAGCGAUAGUUAGGAUGCACAGGAACAAUUAAGUGUGCCGCGGCUGCAUUUUAAAUAAACAAUUUUAAUGUAAUCUCUCAUUUACUUAAGUUUUGUUCUUUUUUUACCAAAAUAUAUUGUACUUGACAUAUUAUCGUUGACGUAAUAGUUUAGAUUUGUGUAAUUUUAACUUAUAUGCUCCUAGUUCUUGAUAUUUUCAAUACAAAUACAUAUUUUUGUAAUAUUCAUGAAUAAUGUUCCUUGGUCAUAAAUAUUUUCGAGACAUUAGAAAAAUAAUGGAACGUAUUAAUAAGCUGAAUAAAAAAUGUCUAGUUAAUCAAUAUUUUACACGUUAGCCUGUGAUAGAAAAAUCUUUUGCGAAAGAAAUAAAAUUGGGGUAUAA